UGUAACUCUUUAAGGUAUGCACGUGACUUUGGCGUUGGACGUGUUGGGCCAAGCCAGGAUGUCGCGUCUCCACGCGCAGGCUGGCGUCCCACUUUAGAAGUCUGGAAGCCUGCUUCACCUCCAUCCCACUUCGAGACACAGCGCAAACUUAUCGCCAAUGCCGUCUCGGGAGGCAAUUCGAUGCCAUGGCGCCAGAUGUGAUUGAUCUCAUCUCGUCCAGCCCACCUCCCCCCGCGGAACAAGCUGGGCAUGCCAAUGGACGCCGGGAUGCUCCAGUGCACCGUUCAACUGCAACUGCAACUACGGCUUCGACCACGGCUUCAGCCAACACCGUGCUCUCCGACGACUUCCUUUUCCUCUCUGACGACUUUGACACUACCAUUGACCUCGACGAGCCGAUUCUACAGCAGCCGCCAGGGAACAAGCGCAGGAUUUCCCCGUCCAACAAUUCUACCCGCCCAGCGAAGCGGACUCCGCCACGAGAACUCCCAGGACCAAGCGUGCGGACAACCAACGCACGACCAGCUGCGGUAUUCGACCCCAUUUGCCUCACCAGCUCCCCAGAGCCCGCCAUAUUACCCGAGCGAGUCAUAUCGCCCCAGCCGAAACCUAGGGCCUGCCCCCAACCCGAGACUUGUACACCUGCGAUACGUACCAUACAGUCCUCGGACCCAUUUGCCACUUCCCCUCUCACCGUAGAGCAACGGAUUACGACUGUGCCUGAAUCAUCAGAUGCGUUUGCGAGCUCUCCAAGACCAGCGGACCCAGCCCCAAAACCAAGGAGUGCGAGGCCAGUCUACAUAGGCGAGACACCUGCGCCAGUCACGAAACCCACCAGACGCAAUGGCGACUGGGACCCCAUAUCCAGCUCGGCCCCGGAGGCCUUCUCAUUUGGAUCUUCCCCCCCACGGACGCGGCCUGUUGUUAUCGACAUUGAGGAUUCUGGGCCCGAAGGAUCGGAUGAUGAGUUGCCGGAUAUUGCCAGCUUUGACAUUGCUCAAUGUCAGCGAUCACAACUGCGACGCUCUCAGAGCGACAUUGUAUCGUCAAAGUCACGGAAGACGUCAAAACCGCAGAAAUCAACAGAGGACCGGACCCGAGAGAAAGAGGCCAAAGCAGCAGCCAGGGAACUUGACAAAGAAAAGAAGCGUCGGGAGAAGCUAGAUGCAAAGGAAGCCAAGGCCCGCGAAAAGGAUCGCAAUGCAGCCCUGGCCGAAGUCAACAAACUCCGGACCGACAAGAAAAUAUCCACGCCAGAGAUGAUUGUCGACAUGCCCGCGAGCCUGAGCCCCACGACCAAGGUGCAGCUGGAAACGCUGCUGGAAGGUCUGGACGUCCAGUACACCACCUGGGACAGCCCGAUCGAGAACGUCAUCAAGUGGCGGAGAAAGGUUAAAAGCCGCUACAACGACGAUUUGGGGCUCUGGGAGCCGCUUCCGUUGCGGAUAGAGGACGAGAAGCACGCGCUUGUCAUUUUGACGGCUGAUGAGUUUGUCAAGCUGGCGCUGGCAGACGACCUCGAGUCGCACGUCGGCAAGAUGGUGCGGCAUCUGGGCAACCACCAGAUCAUCUACCUCCUCGAAGGCAUGCUGCCGUGGACACGCAAGAACCGGAACCUGCGCAACCGGCAAUUUACAUCGCACGUGCGAUCCCAGGAGCCCACCACCCAAGCAGGUCGUCGCAGGACCACGACCGCGCCGGAGUACGUGCCCGAGGAGAAGAUUGACGAUGCGCUGCUUCAGCUGCAGGUGAUGCACGACGUGCUCAUCCACCACACCACGAUACCCCUCGAGACGGCGCAGUGGAUCGCCGUCUUCACGCAGCACGUGUCGACGGUGCCGUACAGGAGACAGCGCGACCAGGCGACGCUCGGGGCGGGCUUCUGCAUGGAGAGCGGACAGGUCAGGACGGGCGACGACGCGAAGGAUACGUACGUGCGCAUGCUGCAGGAGAUUGUGCGGGUUACGGCGCCCAUUGCGUACGGCAUUGCGGCUGAGUUUGGGAACGUGAGCGACCUGGUUUGCAAGCUCGAAGCCGAAGGACCAAAUAGACUGGAGGGAAUCAGGAAGAGUGCCAACAAGGACGGGGCAAUCUCGGAUCGGAAUGUGGGACAGGCCGUCAGUAGACGGAUGCACAAGGUAUUCACGGGACGAGACGAUGGAAGCACAGAUGUUUAGGAAGAA